CUAGAGACAAUUGAGAGCUUUGUAAUUUAACAUAUGGUUUGAAGAAUAAGUGAAGCAAGCGCCAGGAAGCAAUUAAAACAAGAGAAAUACAGACAAGCUAAACACAGCUUAAACACCACUGUUGUCGUUCCAGGUUUAUAGUAGUUUGUAGUUAAGUAUUUACUCUGUUACUUCACUAUGAGGACCAACGAAACAGCAGGUUUGUUUCAACCGCUUGACUUCGAAAGAUCGCUGGACGAUUAUGACAUACAUUGGAUCACACACGGUAGCGUUGUACCUCCAGUCGCGCUGUCCAUUUGUUACGUCAUAAUGAUUGUUGUUGGCCCUAAAAUGAUGGAGAACAGAAAAGGUUACAAUCUACGUGGCUUCAUGACGCUGUGGUCGCUUGGGCUUGCCGUGUAUAGUAUCAUGGGUUCGUACAGAAUGCUGGAAGCUGCGUUAUACACAACGUUGGACAGUGGUAUCCGUGGUGUCGUAUGCACAGGGGUGGUGCUGGACAAAUUCCCUGUGAGGUUUUGGACGAUCACUUUCCUAUUGAGCAAGUUUUUAGAAUAUGGCGAUACAGCUUUGAUUAUUCUCAGGAAACAGAAGCUUAUUUUCUUGCAUUGGUAUCACCACCUUACUGUUGCGUUGUUCGUCUGGUACAGUGCUCAUAAUAACUAUGGGGGUAGCAACUUGUUUAUCACUGUGAACCUCACUGUUCAUGCUUUUAUGUAUUCCUACUACACCAUCAAAGCUGCAGGAUACCGGUUGCCACGCUUUGUUAAUAUUUUCAUUACCACAUUACAGAUCACACAAAUGGUGAUUGGCUGUUCAACCAUCGGAUACCUCAUGUACUCUGGACCGAAGGAGGACUGCAAAACAUCAAUCGCCCACGUUGCAAGCGGUGGCCUCAUGUACGCCACCUAUCUCUACUUAUUUGCACAAUUCUUCUACAAAACUUACUUUGCAAAACGACCACAGAAGCUGACAUCACAGAAUGGCACCUCUAUGACAUCACAAACCACCAAAAAGCUCAAUUAGAAGAAUUAAUUUUUUAUAAUUCUUGAUAUUUCGAUUUUAUAAAUAGGCGAAUGAAAUUUAAAUGAUGCCUUAUUAAUGGAAAAGGGUAUAUUAAUAAAUUAUAAGUUUAAUGCUUA